GAAAAGUCCGUCCCAACGGAACGACGAAACCAGCGCCAUCUGUUGCUUUGAAAACGAGAAUAAGUUGUUGUUGUUUACCUUUAGCACACUGACUCUGACUGUCUUCUGUGACGGUGACCCCACAACCCCACAACGAUGAAUCCACUAGGAAAUGCUCAGGGAGCGCCACAGAAUCAAAGAUUUCUAGGUGCAGGGAGUGGCAUAACAAAUGCUGAAAGAGACAAGAUUUACACUUGGAUCAUUGAACUAGCAAAUCCAGACACCAGAGAAAAUGCACUUUUGGAGUUGAGUAAAAAGCGUGAAUCCGUCCCAGAUUUAGCUCAUUUUGGAAGCUCCUUUGGCACAGUUGCUGCCCUCCUCCAAGAAAUCAUCAACAUCUAUCCUGCUAUCAGUCCCGCUACACUUACUGCUCACCAAAGUAAUAGAGUUUGUAAUGCACUUGCUUUGUUGCAGUGUGUGGCUUCUCAUCCAGAGACAAGGUCACUCUUUCUUGCAGCCCACAUACCAUUGUAUCUCUAUCAUCCAUUCCUUCAAACUAUAAGUAAAACUCGACCUUUUGAAUAUCUUCGUUUGACAUUUGGUGUUAUUGGAGCUUUAGUCAAGACCGAUGAACAAGAAGUUAUAAACUUCUUACUGACAACUGAAAUAAUACCUUUGUGUUUGCGAAUCAUGGAAUCAGGAUCAGAAUUGAGUAAAACUGUAGCAACAUUCAUCCUCCAGAAGAUUCUUUUGGAUGAAACUGGACUCAAUUACAUCUGCCAGACAUACGAGCGAUUUUCUCAUGUGGCUAUGAUCUUGGGUAAGAUGGUCAUUUCCUUAUCUAAAGAACAGUCUGCUCGCCUCCUUAAACAUGUCAUAAGGUGUUAUCUUAGGCUCUCGGAUAAUCCCAGGGCUCGAGAAGCAUUAAGACAGUGCCUACCUGACCAGUUGAAGGACCAAACAUUUGCUGGGUGCUUGAAAGAUGAUAAGUCCACAAAGCAUUGGUUACAGCAGCUACUUUCCAACCUCGAGUCAACUGCAGCAGCUGACCCACGAAUUGCGUUGCCCCCACUUGCGGCUCAGUAAAGUUGCCUAGCUUAUUGAAGAGAUAAUGCAUUUACAUCACAGUGAAAGCAUCAGAAAAUUGAAGGUGGUGGUGACUGCUCUUCCAGAUAUGACGUUCGCUCAUUCAUAGCCACAUUGGAAGUCAAUGACGUAUGAAAUGUUAGUCUAGGAUUUUUUAAACUUUUGGUAUAAUGUGAUCAACAGUUUUCAAGCAUUUUGUGAUAAAUGUGUUACGUGGCAUGCCGAGAUGUAUCAGGAAGUUUUGAGUCCCCUUGAUUAUGCCAAAUAGUUACUUGUUGGUUAUCCCAUGUUGAAAAUGUGAUAUUUCAUAUUUAGCAUUUUAUUGUAAAUGUCCCAAAGUUAUAUUUAGCUAUAAGGAAUGCUACUGUGUUCUAUUCACUUAAUUUAUGAAGGUGUCUUGCAUGUUUUGUUUCUUUAAUGUAAAUACCAAUAGAAGGAAGAACUGCUGAAGAGGAAAGAAACAUGAACAAAUGAAUGCUACAUUUCUGAAAGCAUAUGGAAGAACUGUUCAUGUGAUAUUCCAAUACUGUGUAGACUUUGUAUAUAUUGAGGGGAAGUGCUGAAACAGUCUUUGGGAAAGCUUUGGCUGUUGUUGUUUUGUCUGCAUUUUAUUCUGCAAUUAUAACAUACAAAGCAGUUUUACUAUGUGCUAAAAAUAUACCUUUUUGGUUCUUAUCACUGUGAUUCCUUAAAAGUAUUUUAAAUUUUGCUCUUAUUUGGUGCCAUGAGAAUUUGCAGAUUUAUUGGUGUACUCUUGUAGCUGAUUUUCAAUGAAGAGUUCUGAAGAAUCAUUUAAGACUUAGAAUGAUGUGAACUGAUGUACUAAAUAUAAAUAUCAGAGAGUAGUAGAAAAUGGCUAAUAUUCUUCAUUGCAGGAGAUUUGGUUCCUUGCAGCUUAUCUAUUAUUUUGUAAAAGGAAAGAAUCUGAGAGCUAACCAAAGAAUAACAUAUGAGAAGGACUUAUGCUGGGAGCUGUGUAACAUAUUUUAUUUUAGUGACAUUUUCCUCUGUGGUAAAACACAAGGUACCUUUGAUACCUGUUAAAUUAUUUAGCACAAGCAGACAGAACAAGUAAUCAAAUUCUUAUUGUACAAAACUAGUCUUAUGCAAAAUCCAAUGGCUUUGUGAGGUACAUUGUUACCUUCAUUAUGAUUUCUUAAUUUAAUCCUCCAUGCUGUCGUUUCUCAAAGGAAAGUUUGUAUGAAAGUUUAUUAGCUUUUAAAUGUUUUAGUAAAUUUUGUAAGCCCGUGAAGUAUAUUCUUAUAUAUGAUUAUAGGAAAGUUUUCUUCUUCAGUGUCUGAAUGGUUUUGUUUAUGUAGAACUUCAGAAAAAUUCAUUUAAAUAUUGAGUUUGGUACAGAUUUUAUUUAUAAUUUUUUCUCAUACAAGUAGACCAUCAAUUUUCAGCAUCCUUGGUUCUUAGGCCAUGCCAGAUUUUCUAUUUUUCCAGACCAGCAAUGGUCCCUCUCUUGUUAACAGACACUAAACAAAUAUUAAAUAUAAAUUAAAUUAAUUAUAGUAAUAAACAAUACAGGGGUAUUAAUACUUUACUGUACAGGUUCCUGUUUCACUAUCAGUAAAAAAAAUUUCAACACAUGCCUAGCACUGGGACCACUUUUUUCAUCAGUGCUGGAAAAAAACAACCCACACCUUACCCAUAUCUGUAGCUACCUGUAAAGGUGUAACUGGGUUAAACAAAGUUAAUAAGCAAAAUUUAACAAAUUUAUUACUGUAAUUUCAAAGGGGUGUAUCUUCCCUCCACAGUAUUAGUUUUCCUGCAUCUGUCCAUACCCGUUUUUACGCAAAAUCUACAGCAGUUGCAGAGUGCCAUUUUUGUGUGACAUAUAUAUACAUGGAUUUUAGUUCGCUUGAUAUUAUAUCUGUAUUAUUUGGUUCAGCAAGACAUUUUGUAUCAAUAAUACUGUACAGUAUAUUAUUUAUAAAAAUUUUUACCAAAUCCUCUUUCUUAAGAUCCACCAAAAAUAUAAAGAAAAUCAGCAAAUAAUGUAACAAUAUUCCGCACUUGCUGCCAGCAUCAAAAAGUAAACAAACAGAAUGAGUGCCGGAACACUCAGAGCCAUCUGUUGGCUGCCCAGUAAACUAGUCUAGCAGCGGUGAAAAUUUGAAAGUUUUGAUGAAUAUUUUAAAGUUUAAAUCAAUUUUGUCCGGAUUAAAAAGAGGUUCCAGACCAGAGACUAACAAAAAAUUGAUGGUCUACCUGUACCAAGGUUAUGUUGAAUUUUAUUCAGUCUUGUCAUAUGUACUUGAAGAGUAGAUGUAAAUACCUGUGUACAGCAUAAUUCAUGCAAUGUAGGAAAUAUUAAAAGCAUAGAAAGGAGGAAGGGAGUACAGAGCUUUGAAUUUGACAAACAGAAUAUGUAUUCUAAUGUAUAAGUGAAGAUUAAGUAAAAUGUAGAAUAAUUUAUAUAAUGUUACAAAAUAAAUGAUAAAUGAUCUAAGAAAUUAAGUAGAAAAAAAAGAAAGGCAAAGUAUUGUUUACUUAAUAUUUUAUCUGUAUUUUACUUAUGCACUUUUCAUUUGUUAGAAAAUUGUACAUGUACUAUAUAGGAACAUUGAAGUAAUUAAAUGUGGGUAAACAGGUAUUUAAAUAUCUCAUUCACAUGGGGUUUCUCAUGCGAUGAGAGGAUGGACAGGGAAACAAUGUUUUGAUCAGUUGCAUGUCAGUGAUAGUUGGGUAGGUGGAAGUUGAAGAAAGAUAUCCAAGUAUGUUAUGACUUCCUCUAGUUUCACUUUAAAGUUUACUUGUUACAAGUCAUAUCAUUUGAGUAGUUAAUCCUAAGUGGGUUCAGGAAACUGCAAUCCUAGUGGGAAAAUGUUAUUUAAAACAAUAACGUAUCCUAGUUUGUGAGAUUUAAUAUGGAAGAUUUAAGUUCUUAAGAUGAAAAAUGUGAAAAUAUAUUUGAUUUGGAUACAUUUUAAUUAAGCAGUAGAUCUUAAUUGUAUGUAACUAACUUUUACAAAUAAAUACUAUAAAUUAUAA